GAAUGGCCUGUGCUAACACUUCCUGGUCUGAAGAGAACUUUUCAUGUUCCAUCUGUCUGGAUGUGUUCAACAGUCCAGUUUCCACCGCAUGUGGACACAACUUCUGCAGAACCUGUAUUACAAAGUUCUGGGAUGAACAAGUCCAGUACAAAUGUCCUGUUUGCAACAAGCUUUUCAACACAAGACCUGAUCUACAGGUCAAUACCUUCUUAUCAGAGCUGGCUGCUCAGUUUAGAACAACCGUACGAGUAAAAGAGCAGCCUUGUGUUGAACCAGGAGAAGUUCCCUGUGACGUCUGUACUGGGACCCAGCUGAAGGCUGUGAAGUCCUGCCUAAUGUGUUUUACCUCUUACUGCCAAACCCACCUGGAGCCCCAUCAGAGAGUCGCUCGCCUGCAGAAACAUCGGCUGGUCGAGCCUAUGGACCGUCUGGAAGACAGGAUGUGUAAGAAACACGAACGACUUCUGGAGCUCUUCUGCCAGACUGAACAGGUGUGUGUGUGUCAGUUCUGCACAGAGGCAGACCACAAGUCCCAUCCUGUUGUACCUCUAAAGGAGGAAUAUGAAGUGAAGACGGCUCAGCUGGGGAAGAUAGAGGCUGAAGUUCCACAGAAGAUCCAGGAGAGAAAACAAAAGAUUAAGGAGAUCAAAGACACAGUGAAACUGAGCAACAAAGACGCAGACAGAGAGAUAGCCCAUGGUGGGCAGGUCUUCACUGCUCUGAUAGGCUGCGUUGAAAAGGGCCGGGAUGACUUCAACCAAACGGUUCAAGAGAAACUGAAAUCCACUGUGAAACGAGCUGAAGACCUCAUCAAAGAGCUGGAGCAGGAAAUAGAAGAUCUGACCAAUAGAAGCUCAGAGGUGAAGCGGCUCUCACACACUGAAGACCACCUCCACUUCCUCCAGACCUUCAGAUCCCUGAAGGAUCCUCCACCCACCAGGGACUGGACCACGGUGGAGGUCCGUCCUCCGUCAUACGUAGGGACCUUAAGGAGAUCCCUGGAUCAGCUGGAGGAGACACUGAACAUGGAGAUGAGGAAGCUGCCUGAUGAUGCUGAACUGAAGAGGGUCCAGCAGUAUGAAGUAGAUGUGACUCUGGAUCCUGAUACAGCUCAUCCCUAUCUCAUCCUGUCUGAGGAUGGGAAACAAGUACAUGAUCGAGGUGUGAGGAAGAUACUCCCAGACAACCCUAAGAGAUUUACAGCGGAUCCAUGUGUUCUCACGAGGCAGAGCUUCUCCUCAGGGAGAUUUUACUUUGAGGUCCAGAUUAAAGACAAGACUGACUGGUGGUUAGGAGUGGCCAGAGAGUCCAUCGAUAGAAAAGGUCUGACAAAGUGGACCCCUGAGACGGGUUACUGGACUCUUUGGUGCUACAACAAUAGUCGGUUCUUAUUCAGAGAUAACCCUUCUGUCCAUCUCCCUCUGAGAGCUGAGCUCCAGAAGGUGGGGGUGUUUGUUGAUUAUGAUGAGGGUCUGGUCUCCUUCUAUGAUGUGGAAGCCAGGGUUCAUAUCUACUCUGCUACUGGCUGCACCUUCACUGAGCCUCUCUAUCCAAUCCUCUGUCCACAUUUACAUUAUGAAGGUACAAACUCUGCCCCCCUGAUCAUCUCACCUGUCAAUCAAACAGACUGUGGGGGCAGAGGAGCAGAGAGGAUCCCGAGGAAGGCCCAAGCCCCUCCAAGAGGUGGAGGACCACCACAGGGCAACACCCUCCCCAUGUGGAGGCUGUGGGGGGGCCGGAGGACCCCUCUGAGGCCCGUGACCCGCCUGACGACCUGCAGCACAGCCGACUUUGACGCUCUGUACGAGGAGCUGCAGCAGCUGGGACAGGGAGGCUUCGGGAGUGUCUUUGCUGGCUGCCGGAAAGAGGACCGAAACGAAACUCGAAACCAAAGCAACCAACGUCGAAGGUGUUCUCCCGUUCAGGAGAAAAAUAAAACGCAUUUUGGAACAAAAAGUCUGACAGUAAGAACAAGAAUGGCCUGUGCUAACACGUCGUGGUCUGAAGAGAACUUUUCAUGUUCCAUCUGUCUGGAUGUGUUCAGCAGUCCAGUUUCCACCGCAUGUGGACACAACUUCUGCAGAACCUGUAUUACAAAUUUCUGGGAUGAACAAGUCCAGUACAAAUGUCCUGUUUGCAACAAGCUUUUCAACACAAGACCUGAUCUACAGGUCAAUACCUUCUUAUCAGAGCUGGCUGCUCAGAUUAGAACAACCGUACGAGUAAAAGAGCAGCCUUGUGUUGAACCAGCAGAAGUUCCCUGUGACGUCUGUACUGGGACCCAGCAGAAGGCUGUGAAGUCCUGCCUAAUGUGUUUUACCUCUUACUGCCAAACCCACCUGGAGCCCCAUCAGAGAGUCGCUGGCCUGCAGAAACAUCGGCUGGUCGAGCCUAUGGACCGUCUGGAAGACUUGAUGUGUAAGAAACACGAACGACUUCUGGAGCUCUUCUGCCAGACUGAACAGGUGUGUGUGUGUCUGUUGUGCACAGUAACAGACCACAAGUCCCAUCCUGUUGUACCUCUAAAGGAGGAAUAUGAAGUGAAGACGGCCCAGCUGGGGAAGAUAGAGGCUGAAGUUCCACAGAAGAUCCAGGAGAGAAAACAAAAGAUUAAGGAGAUCAAAGACACAGUGGAACUGAGCAACAAAGACGCAGACAGAGAGAUAGCCCAUGGUGGGCAGGUCUUCACUGCUCUGAUAGGCUGUGUUGAAAAGGGCCGGGAUGAAUUCAACCAAACGGUGAAAGAGAAACUGAAAUCCACAGUGAAACGAGCUGAAGACCUCAUCAAAGAGCUGGAGCAGGAAAUAGAAGAUCUGACCAAUAGAAGCUCAGAGGUGAAGCGGCUCUCACACACUGAAGACCACCUCCACUUCCUCCAGACCUUCAGAUCCCUGAAGGAUCCUCCACCCACCAGGGACUGGACCACGGUGGAGGUCCGUCCUCCGUCAUACGAAGGGACCUUGAGGAGAUCCCUGGAUCGGCUGGAGGAGACACUGAACAUGGAGAUGAAGAAGCUGCGUGAUGCUGAACUGAAGAGGGUCCAGCAGUAUGAAGUAGAUGUGACUCUGGAUCCUGAUACAGCUCAUCCCUGGCUCAUCCUGUCAGAGGAUGGGAAACAAGUACAUGAUGGAGUUGUAGUGAAGGAACUCCCAGACAACCCCAAGAGAUUUACAAGGUAUAAAUUUGUUCUCACGAGGCAGAGCUUCUCCUCAGGGAGAUUUUACUUUGAGGUCCAGGUUAAAGACAAGACUGCAUGGUGGUUAGGAGUGGCCAGAGAGUCCAUUGACAGAGAAGGUUAUACAGAGUGGACCCCUGAGACUGGUUACUGGACUCUUUUGUACUACAAGUUUGGGUUCUUAUUUAGUGAUGACCCUUCUGUCCGUCUCCCUCUGAGAGCUGGGCUCCAGAAGGUGGGGGUGUUUGUUGAUUAUGAUGAGGGUCUGGUCUCCUUCUAUGAUGUGGAAGCCAGGGUUCAUAUCUACUCUGCUACUGGCUGCACCUUCACUGAGCCUCUCUAUCCAAUCCUUGGUCCAUGUUUACAUGAUGAAGGUAGAAACUCUGCCCCCCUGAUCAUCUCACCUGUCAAUCAAACGCACUAGGACCUUUGUUUGAUAAUAAAAUAAUCAAACGACCAAAACAACUAAUGUUGUUUCCUGAAUUAGAAUAGAAUUAGAAUCUCUACUAUGUGAGAUCUGAGUGAUCUGCAUUAAUGUCAUACUGCUGUCAUUUAACGAGAAGAAUAUCUUUAAGAAUUAACCCUGCAGUUGUGUAACAUAACACUUUAUAAAGGGUUAUAUUACACUCCA